CUCGUCUCGACCAUCGUCUCCGCUCUCUCGCUGUUUGCCGUCGCAUCAGCUCAAUCCUCUGCCACCAGUACCUCGGCUUCUACUACUGCCACCCACUCUGUCGUCGCAAGUGCUGCUCCUGGCACAAACGGAUACGACUAUCUCGGAUGCUACAAUGAGACAACCGGCAUAGCAGGCACUUCAGGUGCCCGCGCUAUCACUGGCGGCAAGAUGGAGACUGGCGACAACACGACUGUCGCCGAUUGUCUGCAAUACUGCGGCCAAAAUAGCUACCAGUACGCUGGUCUGGAAUAUUCGAAGGAGUGCUGGUGUGGCAGCUAUCUCUCUGCUUUGUCGAACAAACUGUCCGAGUCGAAUUGCUCGCUCCCCUGUGUGGGCGACGACAGUGAGCUUUGUGGUGGUUACCUUACCCUCUCCCUCUACAACCUUACGAGCAAGAAGGCUGGUUCC